CAAUAAUCUGAGACUACAUUGUAGAGGCAAAGACAAGCAAGAUGUUCACAACAGAGGAUUUUAUUUUUAUACUUCUGUUGACAAUAUCUAUUGUGUCUGGAGAAGCCUCUCUAGUGUCCAACAGCAGUGUGGCAUGUCCUGGAGAGGCAGUUCUGUUCACAUGCUCUUCGCCUGGUACUACAGUGAGAUGGCAAGUGAAUCCUCCAGCGGAAUCUGGGUUGAUGUCAGUACAAAGUAUAAUCUUCCUUGGUUCUGGAGUUGGUCGAAGGGACACAUUUGGAUCUGGAGUGAUCAUGUUUGAGGCUGUUCUUGUAAGCAAUGAUGGUGGAACUCUGACUUCCACUCUCAUCAACCUCAGUGAAGUGUCUGUACUGGAUGGAAGCAAUGUCACCUGUACACUUGUUGGUGGUGGUGGUGAUGUAAUGGAGUCACAACAGACUACUGUCGUAGUUGCUGUUGCUCCAACCUUUCCACUCAACCUAAGACUGUCCGCCAGUCAAAAUCAAAUCAACUCGUCCAUUAUCAAUGUAGAGUGGGACACUCCCUCCUCUACUGGUGGUGUGUCUGUCAGGUAUGUCCUCACCAUCUCCCCAACACCUCUCUCCGGGUCACCAGUAACCAUGGACACCACCUCAGCACAGAUGACCAUCUCGUAUAACGCUCCCUACAGUGUGACCAUCAAAGCUGUCAACUGUGCUGGCUCUAGUACUGAUGUGAUGGUGAUGAUUCCAUCUAUUGUUGUUUGCCCAUCCAACCCACCACCUGCGGACCGAGUGACCAUUGUUGGUGGUCCUCCACUGCCUGCACUAUUACGAUCAACCCUGAGCUUCAUUUGUAAUGGAGAGACGGUAACAGCAUCCUGUGAUAGUGAUGGACGAUGGUCACCUGACCCUACCACUUACGUCUGUAGCUCAGAGAUCACCUGUGGCUCUCCUGCUGCACCUUUCAGAGGCAGUGUGGAUAUCAGUAGUGGGGUACCACCCUUCCCAUUGAGUUCAGAGGUGACCUAUCGCUGUGACGAGGGAUUGUUCCCAGCUGGUGAUAUGACCAGUACAUGUGAGAGUGUAGGUGGAGUGGGAACUUGGAGACCAGACAACACUAAUAUCAUUUGCAGAGACAUGCUUGUAAACUGCUCUCUACCCGAGGAGCCAUCCAACACAACCAUAUUGGACUAUGAUAGACUGAACGAGACAGUGUUGGAGGGAACAGUGCUGACUUACCAUUGUGACAAUGGACUUUCACUGAUUGGACCCAACACCAUCACGUGCACUAACGCUGGAGUUUGGAGCACUGAGCCUGAGGCAAUCAUGUGUGUACUCCAUGCAACAACUGAAGAUCCUACUGCCACCUCCCUAUCCGUUGGUGUAGUUGCUGCUAUCAGCGUAAUUAUUACUUUCUUUGUGGCUGCCAUUCUUGGAUUCCUCACUGGACUCCUAGUGAUGCACCUUUGCUCUCGUAAGAAGGCAAUAUACUCUCCAGCAACUGAAGUACAAGCUAACGUAGGACUCACUGCACAGCCAGCUGGUCCUGUUUAUGAGGAGGUGUCACCCAAAGAAGAGAUGGAACUGAACACUAACCAGGCGUAUGGACCAUUGGGACUGUGAACUGUGCAUUUGGUUUUCCACCCAACAUGCAUUGUCAGAUAUAUACAUGCAUGCAUGUAUAUUGCUAGCUAUACCUUAAGAUAGAUUAUAGUAGUAUAUAAUAUAGUUUGAGUAAUGUAUUAAUACCACAUAUAUACAUAUGUUCAU